GAUAUAUUCUCAAAAAUAAGGGGUGAAAAUGUGAUUUGCACAAAAAUAAUCACUAACCUGCGUUCGAAUUUUCUGGCGUUUCGAGUGUGUGACCUCUUCAGCAAGAAUCUGAAUUUCAUGCGAAUUUUGGCACCUUAAUUCACUGCCCUUCGCCAUCACAAAUUCUUAUGAAAACCCUUUCGUUUUGAAAAUCGAGUCGAAAUUGAAACCUAGAAAUUCAUCGUUCAAAAUAAUCGAGAGGGAAAGGAAGUUUUUAGAAUGAGAGGAGGAAUGUAUAGAAGUAUACCGCGAUUGAGGGCGUCGGGCUCCUCGAUUAUGAAGUCUAUUGCAGCAUCGCAGCUGAGAAGAAAAGCUAUGAAUUCUUUCUCUGCUGCUCAGGACACUUAUUCUUCCAUAAAGGAUUUAUUUGAGAGGCAUAAGGUGGUGUUUACCGUCUCCACUUCCAUUGCAUCAGUUGUUACAGCUUGGGCUGGUUAUUCUUUACGCCAAUUGCAUCAGUCGAGAGUCGAGCAGAAGCUUGAAUCAAUUGAGAAAGCUAUGAAAAACAAUUAUCAGAUGGAAGAUCCUGAGUUGAGACGACUAGUCUCGGGAACUGUUAGUUUGCCAGCUUGUCUUGCAACUGCUGGAACCGGUUUGAUUAUAGGGUUUGGUUUGGGAUGGCGAGGCGGAGCGAGGUACACGAACAGGAGGUUGCAGAGGGAACAAAUGAAGCUGUUGGGGCAGCUCAAGCCUAAAAGAUGGCCGUUGAAGCUGAAGUUUUUCAAAAGGCCGAUUUUGAAACGAAGGCUUCAAGAAAAUGCAGAUAAAAUUUCAGAGCCUCUACAGAAGGAUGCAUCACCUCAAAAAUGUUGAUCAAGCUAACCUAAGAAAACUCAAGUCCCAAAUAUUUUUCUUUGUGAAACUCUCCUACGAAUAUUCUGCAAUUCAAUAGUAAAUAAUUGCACAAUUUUUCUAGACACAGAGAUUAAGGAUGAAGUGUUAAGACUGUAAAGGGGUAGGGAUAACAUUAUACUUUUAGAAAGUGUCAUUAUAAAUAGGACAAACUAAAAAAUGGGACCGAAGGAAAUGUCAUUUUAACCAUAAA